UAUUAACCUCACUUUGCUCCACACCUUGACACGGUCCCUGAACGUCUCCUGCAGACCCUCUUUCCCCCAGAAUGGAUCCCGUGUACGAGACCCCCGAGGUCACCUACGAGAACCAGUCGCCAGGUAUUUACGAUAUGAUAUACGAGACGCCAUACGCAGAGCCUUCUGACGUGAUGGCAGAGUACGAAAACAUCGAAAGGGCCAAAGAAGCACCAGCUCCCCCUUCUCUACCUCCACCUCGCCCUUCAUCAGACGAGAGGAGAGGCAGUUCCUCCUCAUCCUCCUCUUCCUCCUCAUCCUCCUCAUCUUCCUCACAUUCUGGAGAUGAAGAGACAGGGGAGAAGGAGGAAGUGAAAAGGGAGGAGGAAUCGGAGAAAGAAGAGGAGAAGGUAGAGGUGGAGAGCAACAUAGAGCUGAAUGUGGAGAGGAGAUCUCCAGAAGAAGCGGAGAAGGCGAACUCAACACGCAGAUCCUCAUCUUCCUCAUCAUCAUCUUCAUCAUCUUCAUCUGCCUCUGAGAAGGAGGAACCUGAGGAGAAGCCAGAGCCUGAAAAGGAUGGACCUAAAAUACAACUUUAUGUUAAGGCUGGGAGCGAUGGAGAGAGCAUCGGAAACUGUCCCUUCUCUCAGCGCCUCUUUAUGAUCCUCUGGCUGAAAGGAGUAGUCUUCAAUGUCACCACUGUGGACCUCAAAAGGAAACCGGCCGAUCUCCACAACUUGGCUCCAGGGACGCACCCGCCUUUCCUCACCUUCCAGGGGGAGGUGCUCACCGACGUUAACAAAGUGGAAGAGUAUCUGGAGGAGAUGCUGGCUCCACCAAAGUAUCCCAAACUUGCAGCAAAGAAUCGGGAAUCAAACGCAGCGGGAAAUGAUAUAUUCGCCAAGUUCUCUGCUUACGUCAAGAACAAAAGACCGGAUAAUAAUCGAGCGCUAGAGAAAAGUCUGGAAAAAGCCCUGGCCAAGCUGGACGAGUAUCUUCUGAGUCCGACAGCUGACGAGGUUCAAAAUGGACGUCACAGCGGAGACGGGGAAUCCAAACGCAAAUAUCUGGACGGAGACGAACUGACGCUGGCGGACUGCAACCUGCUUCCUAAACUCCACGUCUUAAAGGUGGUGACGAAGAAAUACCGAAACUACGACAUCCCGUCUGAAUUCAAGGGGUUGUGGCGUUAUCUCGGAAACUCCUACAGCCGAGACGAGUUCACCAACACGUGCGCGGCCGAUGUGGAAAUCGAGCUGGCCUAUAAGGACGUUGCUAAGAGGUUGGGGAAGUGAAUGCAUCGCUACCCUUUCUCUCCUGUUAGAAAACCAACAAAAUCACACGGCACAAAAUUGCUUUCUCAAUUACAUAUUUGAAACCGUCACACACGAAGCUCGUGUUAAUUAAACUAACUACUUAUUUAAGUUUAGUAAAAGAUAAUGUUAUAAUAGUUAUGUUUGUUACAUACAAUAGUUAAGUAAGUAUGUGCCUCGCCCUAUGCAGAUUUACACAGACUUUUAUGAAAGACUCAGUCCCAAUUUGCAGUCUUAAACUAGGCGUGGUUAGGGCAUUAGCAAAUUAUUUAUUCCCCAUAAAGAGCCUUUCCAGAACCAAUAAAAAAAAUAGCAAGAGAAAGGCUUGAAUCAUUUCACAUUAAGGCAUAAAGCUGUGUUUGAUUAUUCGUCCUGUCAUUUUCUUUUGUGGAUUAUGUUGUAUUUUUAAUGUAUAGACAAAAAAACGUGUUGUUGGAAAAUAGUGUUAUUGUGUUUCAGCCAAAGUAAUUUAUCUUUUAUUGGGGAAGUGUCCAUUUUUAUAGAGUCUUUCUCUGGCAAUGAUUGAAGGAUUCACAUCAGAUUUUAUUGUAUUACUGAUCCCGAUCUGAAACGGUCGAAGUCCCAGUGUAAUUCAGAUCAAAACGUUACUUUUUAAUUGGAUAAAUCCGCCUGUAGUGAGAAGAAAAGGCUCCAAAACAAACCACAUCAACCCCAUUUUGAUCACGAGUGCCUUAGUGGGGAAUCAAGCUCUCUCCUGCCUUCAGCUCUUUACGUCUGUACAGUACAUUAUAUAUAUAUCUGAAUAUAAUAUGAAUGUGACUUCUCUUACCCUGAGGAGCUGUGUGAUAAUAACACACACUUCUGUAAAUGAUUGUCGCUCUACUAUAUUCCUCUUCUUUCCGAUGAUUAGAACCACGAACCCACUGUGUAUAUGUCGCUUAUUUGAAUAAUAAAUCUAUUUUCUCAGAGACUGA